UCAUUAAAUUGGUAUUUAUGUGUCACGUGAUUGUCAAUCAAUCAAUCAAUCAAUCAAUUAAUCAAUCAAUCAAUUAAUCGAUUGUUUGUUUGAUUUGAAUCUCAAAUAACUGUUGUUUUUUGUCAUCAAUUUCUUUGACAACAUUGUUAUCAUUGUUUUUAGCGUAAGAUUUAUUAAUUUUUUAAGUGAUAGUUAGUGUCCAAAAAAAAGUUUGUUUUCCACUUAACUGAUCCAUAGUUUUGUGUCAAACAAAGUCAACUGUUUUAUCGGUGACCGAUGUCUUUGUUCUCUGGAUUCUCGUUUCGGUCGAAACGACCAAUUAAUGGCAACUCUUCAGAAAACAUUUGUAAGACAACUGCGUUUACCACAAAUGUUGAGACCAGUGGCCGACUGCCGGUGUUUACACCACAACAGCGAUCACUGUUGACAAUUGAUUCGACAAAAAGCAGUCAAUCGGCCACAAAUAAAGCCGUCUUUACUAUUCCUCAACCAUUAUCCCAAAAGAGUCGCUCAAUUGACGGUCUGACUCCAGAAGCAACCGUUGAAGAGAUUAGCGAUGACUCGGCGGCACUCAAACAAAGAGUCGCCGAUGAGUUGGAACGCAUCGAGACGUGGAAGGAAUUGAUGCAAAUGGAAGCCAACAAACGUCUUGAAGAGAUUAGUACUCAAAAGACUUUGAUCGACGAAUUAAAUAAUAAAAUGAUUGAAUUGAAUAAUAAAAAUAAUCGACUCGAGAGUCAAAUAGCAAAUGAAAUUUCUGAACGCGAAGAAGUGAUGACCAAAAUGGCGAACACAAGACAAAUGUUUAUUCGGCUUAAAGAUAACAUCGAAGGUAUUGAAAGACGUUUCGAUGGAUUCACUGAAAUCAAAGAAUGUGUGGAAAUAGUGAAUGAAAACCGUAGAMAACAAUAUCAAGAAUUGGCCGAACGGUUUCAUCGGUUGGAUAUCAACCAUAAAUACAUUUCUAGUGAUUAUCAAAACAAAUUAUCUGUUAAAGCAAACGAAGUGAUAGAUCUUAAAGAAAGACUUAAGAAAAUAAAUGAAGAAUAUAAUCAUUUGCAAACUGAGUCAACCAAUAAAAUUAUAAAUUUAAAUUCAGAGAUCAAUCGUUGCCAACAACGCGAAGACAAUUUAAAAGCAUUGAUGGCUGAAAAAGAAAGUCAAAACGCAAGUCUUAUCUCAAAAAUUGAUAUUUUAGAGCAAGAGUUGCAACAAUUGAAAACAAUUCUCGAAGACAAACAAAAGACAAAUGAAGAAUUGACGGAUCAAAUUAAAACUAUUGGUAAUCAACUCAAUGAUAUUGAGAAUAAAUGCACUGAAGUAACGGAAGAAUUGACUGAAAUGAAGAGUAAACAUGAGUUGUCAGUUGAAACAAUUCGUCAGAUGAACGAAGAGCAGGAAGUAAUGCGCGAAACUCAUGAAAGUUAUUCUAAAACUUAUGAAAAUGAGAUCAAAUCAUUUGAAGAGAUGGUUAAAAAUUUGGAGACAAAAGUUAAUGAUUUGGAAAUUACGAAUAACACCAAAGAAGAAGAGAAAAGUGCUUUGGAAUCAAUACUCAAACAAGAGAUUGACGUCAGAACUCAUGAAAUCGAUGAUCUAAUGACACAAAAGAAUUGUUUGACAGAAGAGAUCAAAAAGAUUAAUGAAAGCUUGCGUUCAAUCACUGCUCAGAAACAAGAGUUAGAAGAAAUAACUUUAACUGAAAAACAAUCACUUAUUUCUGAUUAUGAGAACACUAUUAAAGAGAUGACAACAAAUAUUGAACAAAAUGUGAGUCGAAUUGAAGAGUUAGAGAACAAUGCAAACCAAAGUUUUUGUGAAAAGGAAACAAUCAAACAACAGUUGACACAAGAGUUGGAUCAAUUGAAGAAACAAUUAGAAGACUUUUCCGCUAAGAUAUCGGAACUCGAAAACAAACUUAAAGAAAAAGAUUUUAUUAAUAAUAACAAUAUGUCAUCAAUUCAUGAAAUGUCUUCAGAGAUUGAAGUCUUAAAGACUGAGAAGUAUAAUCUUGAGAACAGAUUACAACGCGAAGAAAGUAAUUACGAAAUGCAAAUGUCUAACAUUUCAACAAUUCUUGAGAGUUGUAAAAGUGAUUACAAUAAACGUAUUGAUGAUAAGGAAGAAAGGAUUGUUGAACUCAAGAGAGAGUUGGAGAGAAUGAGACACUCAAACAAGUAUUUAAAUGAUAAAUGCGAACGUCUUGAACAAGAAAAACAAUCGACAGCUGUUAAACUCCAAGAGAUGACAAUGAGUGCUAUGCGUCCAAUCAAUUCAUCACCCAAUCGGUGCUUAACUCCUAAGUUCAUGUCUCCAAUUGAAUCCACUCGAUUGUCUGCUCACAGAACUAGUUCUCCUAUAAUUCAAAGAUUUAGUGAUUCUUUAGCACAGAAAUUGGAUCAGUCAGACAAUGAAGAUGUGGCGUUGUCUGCAAAACAAGAAUUAGAAAAAACAUUAAAAAAGAAAAAUGAAAAUUUGUCGACAAAAUCGGCAGAAAGUCAAAUGACUUACAAACCAAAGGAAAGAAAGACAUUUAAAAAGACAUUCAAUUUGAAUGAUGAAACCAAAAGCACUGAUAGUGUCUACGAAUUUCUUUCCGAAGACAAUAGAUUGAAGAAAAUGAAAAAAUCACAGAAAGGCUUUCAAACGAUUGACGGACAAAAACAUCGAAUCGAUUCCCCGCUUAGAGUGAAAAUGAAUUUAGUCGACAAACUUGAAGAUAUCGAAGAACUCAAGAAUGACAACAAUAAGUGUAAUAAUGACGAUAAAGAACCGAACAAAAAGAAACACAAAUCUGAUAAAACUCAGAGAUUCGGUCUCAAGACAUACGCGAAGACCAAUAUUAGAGCCGAAAACGUUAUCAAAGGCAGACCGACACCAAACAAGAGAGACGACGAUCUCUCGUGGAUUUUCAAUUGA